UUCCAAUAAUUCAGAUUUUUGUAAUCUUUGAAAUGCAAUUAUCAUGAGCUUUUACUACUAAUAUAAUACAGUCCCAUGUUCCAAUUGCUUUCCUUGACCAUACUCUGCUCUUUUCACUCCACAAAAAUCCAUUAAAAUACCACCAAAUAAUACAAAUAAAAACAAUCAAUCAAUCAUUUUGCACAAAGUUCUGAUUUUUUCAUGUGAGUCUACAAUCUUUGUGGAAAGUCAGCCAUUUACAGUGAAGAAAAAAGGAAUUUCAACAAAGCAAAGUUGCAGAGGAGAAAAAAUCAAGAAUGGGUUUUGAAGAAGAAAUUGAUUCAGGACAUGCACGUUUACAGGAACUUGGAUACAAACAAGAACUCAAACGAGACCUUUCGGUGUUGUCGAAUUUUGCGUUUUCGUUUUCUGUUGUAUCAGUGCUUACUGGUUUGAAUACAUUGAUGGGUACUGGUUUGAAUUUUGGUGGACCUAUUAGUUAUGUUUAUGGAUGGCUAAUUGCUGGUGCAUUCACACUGUUUGUUGGAAUGUCAAUGGCUGAGAUUUGUUCUUCUUAUCCAACUUCUGGGGGUCUUUAUUAUUGGAGUGCUAAGCUUGCUGGUCCAAGCUGGGCACCUUUUGCUUCUUGGAUCACUGGCUGGUUCAACAUUGUUGGUCAGUGGGCUGUCACAACAAGUGUAGAUUUUUCAUUGGCUGAGUUAGUUCAGGUGAUAAUUCUUCUUAGCACUGGUGGAUUAAAUGGUGGCGGAUAUCAGGCCUCCAAAUAUGUGGUUAUCGCCCUCCAUGGUGGAAUUCUGUUUUUACAUGCUUUAUUAAACAGUCUUCCGAUCUCAUGGUUGUCCUUCAUUGGACAACUAGCUGCUGCUUGGAAUGUUUUAGGUGUCUUUCUUCUUAUGAUUUUAAUCCCACUGGUCGCAACAGAAAGAGCUAGUGCUAAAUUUGUGUUUACUAACUUCAAUACUGACAAUGAGGAUGGAAUCAACAAUAAAUUCUACAUCUUCGUCCUGGGACUUCUCAUGAGCCAGUAUACAUUGACAGGUUAUGAUGCUUCUGCCCAUAUGACGGAAGAAACCAAAAAUGCAGAUAAGAACGGGCCAAAAGGAAUUGUAAGUGCUAUUGGCAUAUCAGUUCUUGCUGGCUGGGCUUACAUACUUGGUAUAACGUUUGCAGUUACAGAUAUCCCGCAUCUGUUGAAUAAAAACAAUGAUUCUGGCGGCUAUGCUAUUGCUCAAAUUUUUUAUGACGUAUUCAAGAGUAGAUAUGGCAGUGGUGUUGGUGGAAUUGUUUGCUUAGGUGUCAUUGCUGUUGCGGUAUUCUUUUGUGGCAUGAGCUCACUAACUAGCAACUCGAGGAUGGCUUAUGCAUUCUCCCGAGAUGGAGCAAUGCCAUAUUCGUCGUUCUGGCAUAAAGUAAACAAGCAGGAGGUUCCGCUAAAUGCAGUCUGGACUUCAGCCUUUAUAGCAUUUUGCAUGGCAUUGACGUCUCUCGGAAGCUUGGUAGCAUUUCAAGCCAUGACAUCGAUAGCAACAAUUGGGCUUUACAUUGCUUAUGCCUUGCCAAUCCUGUUUCGAGUGACUCUAGCUCGAAAAUCUUUCACUCCAGGUCCUUUUAACUUGGGAAGCUACGGGCUCGUUGUAGGUUGGGUUGCAAUACUUUGGGUCGCGCUCAUCUCCGUGCUCUUCUCUUUGCCUGUUGCCUAUCCUAUUACAGAUCAAACUCUCAACUAUACUCCAGUCGCGGUCGGUGGCCUUGUCAUUCUUGUUGUUUCUUCAUGGAUCUUCAGUGCUAGGCAUUGGUUUAAAGGUCCUAUUACCAAUAUAGGUAACUCUAGUGAGGAACCAUAAGAAGUAUAGAGAAUUCUUUGUAGUUAGACAAUGUUGAUGUGUAUGAUUAUCUUUCGAUUUAUAGAGGCAGAUUCAAAAUUUGAACUUUA